AUAUAUAUAUAUAUAUAUAUAUAUAUAUAACGGUUGGAUUUUAACCUGAUCUUAUACACUAAACUGAAGAAUUGGGGAUUAAAGCAGGACCAACAGGAAAAACUUUCUCAAGCGGCGACCAGAUCCCAAAGCUUCUUCUUGCCUGCCUUUUCGGCAUGUCUGGGGUAGUCACUCCAGACAGGUAACCGGGUGUGUUGCUGUUGCCAUGGCAACACGGCUGCAGCCAAUGUUGCAUCUCCUCCUCCUCUGCACCCUCCCGCUCUCCUUGACGGCGGCACAGGACCAUGAGUGGCAUUUUGACUCGUCUACGUGCCGUUAUGCACUGGGAAUGGAGGAUGGAACGAUCCCAGAUUCAGAUAUCUCAGCAUCCAGCGCCUGGUCUGACUCCACAGAGGCUAAACAUGGCAGGCUCAGCACAGGAGAGGGGGACGGUGCGUGGUGUCCAUUAGGUCCGGUCUUUCCCAAUCCAUCAGAGUAUUUGCAGGUGGACCUGCACAAGCUGCACUUUCUGUCACUGGUGGGCACGCAGGGUCGCCAUGCCGACGGGCACGGACGGGAGUUUGCACGAAGCUACCGGCUCCGUUAUUCCCGGGAUGGCCAAAAAUGGAUCACCUGGAAGGACCGCUGGGGCCAGGAGGUGAUCUUGGGCAAUGAAAACACGUAUGAAGUGGUUCUAAAGGAUCUGGGUCCUCCAAUCAUAGCACGAAUGGUCCGGUUCUACCCUUUGGCUGACCGCAUGAUGAGUGUGUGUCUAAGGGUCGAGCUCUAUGGCUGUUUGUGGAGCGAUGGACUGAAGGCCUACACUGCACCAAUGGGUCACAUUAUGUACCUUUCCGGCUCUCCUGUUUAUCUCAAUGACUCCAUCUAUGACGGCAGCGUGGAAGCAGGGGUGUUGUUUGGAGGUUUGGGUCAGCUAUGUGACGGGGUGUUAGGAGGAGAUGACUUUGCGGAAACUAAGGAGCUACGGGUCUGGCCGGGUUACGACUAUGUUGGCUGGAGCCGUGAAGCACUGGGCAAACCCACAGUCGAUAUAGAGUUCCACUUUGAGAAACCACGCCUCUUUCACACCAUGCAGGUCCACAGUAAUAACAUGCACACGCAGGGCGUGCGCGUCUUCUCCAAGGUGUUGUGCGAGUUUAAGGCGAGUUUGCUGAGCCCGUGGAGCGAGCCGCCUCUAAGCAUGCACGUGCCCCUGAGCGACCUGCGUGACCCCUCCUCACGUACGGUCACACUGCCUCUGGAAGGCCGGCCUGCGCACAUCCUCCGCUGCCACUUCACCUUCUCUGACCGCUGGCUGCUUAUCAGCGAGAUCAACUUUUACUCUGAGCCUUUUGAUAGUGGCUUACCGUUACCAUCUGUAGCGACGGCUCCUCCCUCCCUCACUUCUCGCUCUCCUCUCGUCACCUCGCCCCCUCUGACCUCUUCCAUCUUUCCCAGCACUACCAAUUCCAGCAGGCACCAGGCGGGUGAUGCUGGGGAUGAAUUAGCUGCCAUCACUCCAAGGGCAGGGCUACCUGUGGCUAAGGAUGACAGCAGCAACACUGCUAUCCUGAUUGGCUGCCUAGUGGGCAUUAUACUGCUGUUAUUGGCUGUCAUCGUUGGUAUUCUAUGGAGGCAGUACUGGAAGAAGCUUCUCGGCAAGGCCCAGGGCAGCCUCUCCAGCGACGAGAUGCGAGUUCACCUGUCGGUUCCGACAGAGAACGUGGUGAUCAAUAACACAAACACACACACAUACUCCAGUCGUUACCAGCGCAUACACACUUUCCCGGAUGACCCCGAGAGAGAUGGAGAGUACCAGGAGCCCAGCACUGUGGUACGCCCGAGAGAGCAGCGGGACAGCACAGCCUUGCUGUUAAACAACCCAGCCUAUCACCUUCUCCUGUCUGACCUGAGAUAUGGCCCCAACAGGCUGCCAAACUGCUCCAGAGAGUCUGUUAAACCCCAAAACCUGCCCCAGGCAUGCAGUCUAGAUAUGGAUGAUAAAGCGCUGCCCGUUCAGGAAGGACCGCCCCCGUACCCCGGAGCUCCGCCUCCACUCCUGGGAGCUCAUUAUGCAGAAGCCACAGGGGGCGGGCCCAGUGUGCCUCAUUAUGCAGAAGCAGACAUCAUCAGCCUGCAGGGUGUAAGCGGGAAUAACACCUACGCCGUCCCUGCCCUCUCGGCCACGCCCACGGAGUGCCCGCCCCUUCCUGAGCUACAGCGGGAACGCCUCCUCUUCAAAGAAAAACUUGGAGAGGGCCAGUUUGGAGAGGUUCAUUUGUGUGAGAUAGAAAACCCUCAAGACCUCCCGAAUCUCGAGUUCCCUUUCAAUGUGAGGAAAGGACGCCCUCUGCUGGUAGCUGUGAAGAUUCUGCGGCCCGAUGCCUCAAAAAACGCCAGGAACGACUUCCUGAAAGAAGUGAAGAUCUUGUCUCGUCUGAAAGAUCCGAACAUAAUCCGGUUGCUGGGGGUGUGUGUGAGCAGUGACCCUCUGUGCAUGGUUACUGAAUACAUGGAGAGUGGCGACCUUAACCAGUAUCUCUCCCAGCGAGUGCUACUGGACAAGACCGGGCCACUGCACAACAUGCCAACCAUCAGCUACCCUGCCCUGAUCUCCAUGGCGAGCCAGAUCGCAUCUGGGAUGAAGUUCCUGGCGUCGCUUAACUUUGUGCAUCGAGACUUGGCUACACGAAACUGCCUGGUCGGAGGAGAGCGGGGCGAAGGAGACGACAGGACAGGAGAGAGGCACAUUAAGAUCGCCGACUUCGGCAUGAGCCGUAACCUGUACGCCGGAGAUUACUACAGGAUCCAGGGGAGGGCUGUGCUUCCUAUCCGAUGGAUGGCCUGGGAGUGUAUUCUCAUGGGCAAGUUCACUACAGCCAGUGAUGUGUGGGCGUUUGGAGUGACUCUGUGGGAGAUGCUGAGUGUGUGUCAGGAGCAGCCCUAUGGUCACAUGACUGAUGAGCAGGUCAUCGACAAUGCAGGGGAGUUCUUUAGAGACCAAGGAAGACAGGUAUAUCUGGCUCGGCCGGCGGUUUGUCCCCAGGGCCUGUACGAGCUGAUGUUGAGCUGCUGGAACAGAGACUGUAAACUCCGACCCUCUUUCACACAAAUCCACUCCUUCCUCACCGAGGACGCCAUGAACAUGGUGUAAAGAGACGGACGCACGAGACAAGUGAAUCUCUCCUUCUCGCAGACGAGAGCCGUUUUUUGUAGCCUGCACAAGCUGGUGGAGGUGAUAGUUGGUGUAGAAGUAGGCGGAGCUAAGCACUCUUAUGUAAAUUUGCGUAAUUUACCUUUGGCAGGUCAGGGCUGAGAGAUGCUGCUGGUUCGGUUCUCGUGCUUGACCCUGCUUCAGACCUAGAACCCUAAUCCCUACACCCUAAACCUAAUGUUAGUUAAUCUGUAAUCCUGAACUAAUCACAAAUCUGCAGUUCAUCUUAAAUCUCUUACUGAUCACUGAUAAAAAAAAAAAAACAUGUUACACUACAAGGUGGAGGGCUUUUCUAUUGCUGAAAACUAUGUAGACUGUGAACUAAUUAGUUGAUGUUAUUACACGCAUAAACUUCCCAGCGAAUAAAAAUGUACUUAAACAUAGCACAAGAAAGCACAGCAGUACGCAUAGAAAUGUUUAUCUGGUAGUUAGGAGUGAAUUCUGUCUAAUCUCAGUAUUCACGCUGGGUUCAGGGGUUCUUCAUUCCGAUCUCAAGCCUUUUUUUGCUGGGUUCAGUGGUUGAUGUGUAAUUGCUAAAUCCGAAGCACAAGGCUACAGCACUUCUCUCAGAGUAACUCAGUAAGCAGGACUCAGUAAGCUUGGUUGAGGGAUUUUCAUUUUUUUUGUAGAAUUACGUGCUUCUUUUUGAGGUAUUUUAUUUUCACAUCGUAAAAUCACAGACAUGGUGCUCCAUAACCAUUUGGACACAUUCUCCAAAAAUCAAACAUUUUAGCCUUUCGUUACCUGCUGUGAAGUUAUGUAGACAUGAGACAUGAGUAACAUUGGAAAAUUUUGCCCAGGGAAUCAAGUCACAGCUUCAUUUCUGUUCCAGAUUAAACAGAGCUGUUGCUUUACAGAGUACAGUGCUGGAUGGGGCUCAUCCCAAUGACUGUAUAUAUGUGAUGGACCACAAAAUUUCUCUGAUGACGUCCAGCGGCAGGCCGUAAUUGAUGUUGUACCCCAGUCUCACACACACACACACAGAGUCUUAAUUAAAGAUGUGUCCAUGUACACAUACAUACACUAAUGACUUACAGGUAGAGAUGUUAUGUUUGGUAGAACGUGUCCAGAAGGUCAGGUCAAUGUCAGGUUCCGCGUUGAUGUUCGUAUAAUGAUGGCAUUGAGGAUGAAGCUUCCAACAUGGGUCUAGUCAGCUGGUCAUCUUGAGUAGUCUGGACAAUUACAGAAACGCUAAUUAUUAUAUCAGACAUCAUUAUAUCAUUGACCUAUAAAAGCAACAAAACAUUGGUACGACUAAUAACAGUAUAAAGUCUAACAUAGAAAAGGAUAUCUCCCGGCACUUUAAUAGGAACACCUGUGCAUUCCUGCUCAUAGCCAGACAGCCAGUCAUGUGGCAGCAGUGCAAUCCUGCAAGAAGAGCUUCAGGUCAUAUUCACAUCAGACUUCAGAAUGAGGGAAACUUAUGAUCUCUGAGGCUUUGGGCUGGUUUGAGUAUUUCAGAUAUGCUGAUCUUCUUGGAUUCUCCUGUACAGCAGUCUAUAGAGUUGCAGAAAACAUUCAGUGAGCAGCAGCAGUUCUGUGGGUGGAAAUGGCUCAUUGAUGAGAAUCAGGCUGACAGGAAGGCUAUAGUAACUCAAAUGAUCACUUUUUACCACUGGGGUGAGCAGAAAAGCAUCUCAGAAAGCAUCUCACAUCAUACCUGGAUGUGUGAUUGAGCUACAACAGCAAAAUACCACAUAGGAUUCCACCGCUAUCAGCUAAGAGCAGGAAUCUGAGGCUACAGCGGGCAGCCAAACCGGACAAAUAAUAACUAUUGAAAAAAAGUUGUUAAUUAGUUGUUAAUGUCUGAUGUGAACUUUAAGAAACUUUCGAAUUCUAGUGGCAUGAUUGUAUGGAGUGGAUUUGAAGCUGCCAGAUGAUUGCCUGAUUAAGUAUUUGCAUGAAUGUUCCUAAUAAAUUGGACAGCCAUUGUAUAUAAAUUAAAGCUAGGCUUUAAUAAGUCUAGGCUAUGAUUAAAAAAAAAAAAAAAUGGAAUAGAUUUUUCCAGAAUCCCAUAUUUGACCUGGUUUCCAUCAGCUUUGUUUUCUUGGUCUUUUUUAUCCAGUGUGUAGGAGUUGUAGUUUUAUGCUUCUUGAGCACUAGGAGGCUCUCAAGCAACUACAUGCUUGUUAUUCUUCAACACAGUUGGCAGAAAAGCUUCGACAGCUUCACAAAGCUUGACAUCUGUGUAUAAAAAGGAAUGGCACACCGACUGAAAAGGCCAGAUUGCGAAUAUAGUACUGAGAUUGCUCCUAUCUCAAGACAGAGGAAUGAUGAUCAUCAUAUUUGAGCACUGAUACUCCAAAGCCUCAUCUUAUACUGCGAUCACCUGCUCUUAUAAUAACCUUCAUUGCAGUUUCCUAAAUCACCUUGCGAGGAUAAUAAGCUGAUAUUUUCAGUAAUUCAAACAAUAAAUUAAACAUCAUUCUAAUAACAAGCAAAUAAUAACAAUAAUAUGUGUUUUAGGGAGCUUUCCCUCUGUUAGUGUAGUCUGAAACGGAGCACUGGUUCACAUGAAUCAUGUGAAAGCUGUCACGUGGACCAAGGAAGCGCGGUGCGGUGUAGAACCCGAGCCUCCCUGUAGGAGGUGGUGUGAGUUCGGUUGCACUGGAACUGUGCUGUGAUUCCCGUGAAUGUGAAGGCAGGCAGCUUGUACUCGGGCCUGCACUUUUUCAGGAAGUAACCUGAGUGUGUGUUUCAGUUGGUGAUGAAUUCAUUAGUUGCCACCAUACACAUGUAACAUGAGGGGUAGGUGAGUGUUGUGGGACACAGUGAGCUGUAUUCAGAAAAGCAAUGAAACAAGAAUGCACACAUAUAAUAGCAGCAAGAGUUUCAUGUGAGUCUGAAACCAGCGCCACAGGAGUCACAGGAACAAUCACACUCGGAUUCAGAGCACAGCAAACAUGGCCAGUGUAAAAAAAAAACCCACCUUACACAACUGGUGGACCCUGACAAUGGUGAUUUGAUCAGUUAGACUUGGAAUUGUUUCUCAUUUAUCCGUGUAGAGAUUCGUUGUAUUCAAUAUGGCUGAACUCUUCCACAUCUCCUGAGCUACAAAACAACACAGUGCAGGAAUCAGGAAUCAUCCUCCACCUUAUAUACAGUCAUUGACUCCAUCCUUCUUCUUUACACCACCGUUUACUGGUUAAUAACUAUAACAUACUGCCCAAUAUAGCCAGUGAAUGUGAAAGUUCUGAGCUGAGUUCAGCAGAGAUUACUGACUGACCAGAUCUCUGAAAACCUGUUAUGAAUUACUGACUGACCAGAUCUCUGAAAACCUGCUAUGAAUUGCUUGAUAUGGUCAAUAAACCGUGUUUAGUUGGAGUGUAAAUAUGUUUAUCGAGAGAUGCAGGACUGUUAUGCCGUGAUGGUCAUCCAACGCUACAAGAGGCUUUAUUUGCACUUUACUGUCGGCUGUGACGUCGAGAAUAUGACGCUCGGCGAUAGCAGAGCCGUUACACAUCUUUUUGUUCAUUUUCAGUGGGAAUGAGUACAAGAAGUAGAUCAGAAUGCUGGUUUCAGUCCCGUCCCCCUCCCUCCCUCCUCUUUUUUAUUAUUGUUCUCUUGUGGCACUUCGGCAGUGAGUGGAUUUAGUAAUGGGACAGAUGUGCAGGCUGUGUGUAACCUACAGAUGUGAGGUGUGGGAGAAAAGGUGGGCGGAGUUUGAGGUGUCUAAAGCCACCAGCUUAACCCUACAUCCUGUACCCUUCAGAUGGAGAAGAAUGUGACACACAAAUGGUUAUGUUGCCAUGUCAGACGUCCUUUUUUUUUUUUUUUUUUUUUUUUU